ACCCCGCCCCCAGCCAGCUGCCAGCAUGCUGCUCUAGAUCUUGGGCAGGUUUAGAAACCUGCAAACAGGUCCCUUUCAAAACGUGUGUGUGUGUGUGUGCGCGCCUUUAAAAUUGAGCAGGAAGUACUUCAUCGGAAAAGUCAGCAACACAGUCCCUCCCUUUGUUUUGCUUUUGUUUCAGAGCAACUAAGUGGGUCUGUGAGAGACAGAGAGAGGGAGGAAGCAGUGUGGCCCCUCUACUUUUCAGACUUUUGUGGAGGAACCAGACCAAGUAGUUUCAGAAUGAAACCUACGACUCAGUGCUGCUUGAUAUUUUGGUGCUUUUGCUUUGGUAUUUGUAACGGGUCUGCUCCGAGUCAGUUCGUUCAUAGUAGUCCUCAUUUCCCUGACUGGAAGAAAUUGUACUUUGUUUAUCACUGGCCAGUGACUGUGUGUAAGAUGAGUGAGAAUGAUUGCAACAAUCCGCCCAUGUAUUGGACCAUCCAUGGCCUCUGGACUGAUAAAGCAGAAGAUUGUAAUAAAACCUGGCACUUCAAUGUAACAGAAAUUAAGGAUCUCUUGGUAGACAUGAGACAAUACUGGCCAGAUGUGCUUCAUGAAAAUAGAACAAAGUUCUGGAAGCAUGAAUGGGACAAACAUGGGACUUGUGCAGCCACACUGGAAUCUCUGAAUUCCCAGAAAAAAUACUUUAGUAAAGCACUGGAACUUUAUGAAAAACUUGACCUCAACAGUUAUCUCUUGAAACUGGGAAUAAAGCCAGGCAGUACCUACUACCAGCUGGAAGCUAUCAAAGAAGCUCUUACAAGCGCAUAUAACGUAACACCAAAGAUCCAGUGCCUUCCUCCAGAACAGGGUGAAGAAGUGCAAACAAUUGGCCAGAUCAAAUUCUGUUUCACUAAGGAGUUUUUCCUGAGAAACUGUACUGAGUCAAAGGUUGAUUCCUAUUCUGCACGUGGAAAUGCGUUCUUUGGAACUGAAGAGCUCUCUCUCUGCAACGACACAUUGACCAAUUACCCUUCGCAUGUGCAGCUUUACAAGUGAAGCAGCGAGAAAUUUGGGUCGUUUUGCCAAAUAUUGUUGAUUUUUUAAAAAAAAUAAUAGUGCAUCUGGAUUAAUCUACAAGGGCAUUAUUGGUCUAAAAUUUGUAAGUUAAUUGAUUUGGGUGGACGUGCGUAAAUUACGAUGUUCAUGCUGCAGAUAAUAGAGAGGAUUGACUGCUAUGAUGUGUGACUACGUUUUGGACUGCUGGAGUGCCAUUCUAUAUUUACUUUGAACGGAAACUUUGAAGCUUCUUUUUUCAAUUAAAGUCAUUCCAAAAACC